GCUGUCGUCACCCACUCGUCAGGAAGAAUCAAAUUUUCAAUUAUACAAAAUUUUCUAUUCUCCGACAACAUGACUGUGACCUGAGCCGGUUACACAGAGGAAAAUGUGUUUUAAAGCUUUUCUAAAACGUUAAACGCACAGUAAAGACAGGGAAUUUGAACACGUACGGCUAAGUUUUAAACACUGAAGUCAUGUCAUCCAAGGACAUGCGACUACCACGUCGUAUCCAGGCCUCUGACCGCAGCAGCCUGGUUGCCACGGUAAUAAGACUUCAUGGUUAUAAGGUCGUGCAGCAAUCAGUGUUGGAGAAAUCCAUCAAUCCUGAAUUGAAGACUUUGUUGUCGGUGGGUGAUGAUAUAUAUCAUGUGUGCUCACCUGUUUUUAAAAUAGAAGAUGAAGCGCACGUCUGGAAAUUGAAGUUCGAAGAAUACAGCGAGUCGAAGGAAUCCUCAGAACCUGAGGCUGAUUUAGUCUUUUUGGGCGACAUCAGAUUUAAAACCAGAAAAGUUGAUGUCACCGGGGAUCCCAAUGGAUCCCAGUUGAGACAACUGUGUCAGAAGGGGAUAUUAGAGGACAUCCAGAAUGUGAUCAAGAACUCAGAUUUCAAUAAUGUAUUGUUGAAUUUAUGUGAUGUCCCCUAUCCAAGACCUGAGGAUCUCUGUGAUAAGACCUUGUCAAAUGCACUGUUGAAAUUACAAAGUGUCGACAAGGUUCUGGUGGUCUACCCUAAGAUUGAUGCGGAGGACUGUGGACUAGAGUCAGGACUUGAGGGCACCUGGAAUCGUUACCUAGCAACGGAUUUGGUGUGUCUGCACUGGAGGAAAGAGGAAUGCCAGUUUACUAAAUUUGAGAAGAAAUUUCUGAAGUAUGUUGUUAAGAAUGGGUUACACGAUACUCAAGUGAGAGAUGUUGCUUCGUUACCAGAGAGCGAACAAGAAUCAACUGUGGACACGACCAAGACGGAAGGUGAAAUAACUAAUGAAAAAGAGGAAGAAGUGAAGACGGAAGAAAAAGUUGUAUCAGAGGAGAGGAAGUUUGUUAAGAAAAUCAUAAAGAAAGAUGAGAAAUCUUUAAAGAAAGAAGAUAAAACUAUCAAAAAAGAGUUGAUUAAGAAGGAAUUAAAAACGAGCAAGAGUGAGUCAAAUCUUAAACGAGAGCCAAAAUUGGGAAGGAAUACUGAACAGAAUGCUGCGAAGAGAAACUCCAAAGUUUUCAAACCAACUGAUUCUAGAUCGCUGAAAAACGAGACCAGCCCAAGAUCGACAAUGUCUUUGAAAAGAGAUCAAAAAUUGAUAAGCCCGAAGAACGCCGGCGAUGACCGAAAGGCGUCGAUGAAAUCCGAAACGAAAACGACGAAGAACGGACAGAAAGUUACGAAAAAGGAGCCAGUACCCAUUCCUAAAACCGAAGCUACACAACCCUCAGCUGUCGUGAAGGAAAAUGAUGAAAAUAAUUUUGAAAAGUACAAGGAAAAAAUGCGCGAAACUUAUACAAACUUGACGAAUGCUUACAAAACCUACAGAAACAUUGACAGUCCUUUGCUGAAGGAAAUUUUUACACACCCCGUAUUUCGUGGUUUCUGUCUCACAAUGGUUCUCUUCGCCUUUUACUUUCUUUCAACUGAGAUUCUGGUGACUCUUCUUCUGCUGGCUGCGAGCAUAUGGUUCAAAUACGGAUCGAAAGAGCCCGAGUUUCAAAAAUACACGCGAUCCACCGACCCGCGUGUCCUCGCGUUUCGUGGGAUGUACGAGCGAGAGAUCGAGAAACUGCGCUACGCGAAGGAGCUGGAUCGAAUGCGUGAAGUCCACGUGCAAUUGAAGGAAAGUGUUUUGAAUGCAUACGCCGUGACACGCGUGGCACAAGGGGAUAAGAUUGGCAUUAAGGAGCACGAGGUGUUAGAGAGGGAACUUGAGUUGACAUUCAAGGAGUUUGUUACAGCGAAUGAUGUGAAAUCUCUGCUUCACGAGGCUCAUCACACUAGCUUUAUAUUAGCCUUUACAGCCUUUCUCUACAUCGCAUCACGUCUGGUUUAUCUUGCUCUGGGACGUCUCUGGCGUCCAGUCCGCACCGGAGCUAUAAUUCUGGCUGGGAUUCUACUCUGUUUUGCACUGUGUAACGUUUCAAACUUUCUAUUGACGUCCUUCAUCUCGCGACGCCUCAUCGGUUCUGCCGAAAUGCUGUCGGUCGUUUUUGGUCUGUGGUUCGUCACUGAUCUCACUGGCUAUUUGAUAGAGAUCAGAGCAUGCAUUGAUCACGUGACUGGUGUAAUUUGGCGGGAAUGUGACCUGGAAAGAUGCAUCAUGAAAACCCCGAGUUAUUUGGUGGUAAAACUUGCGCUAGACUGUGCCGUCCUCCUGUCUCUGUUCCCGCUGGCUUAUUUCAUCGCAGGCGUCUUGUCCUGUUUCUCCGUAUCCAGUUAUACGAUAGUAUCCGUCUCGAGGUUCCUUCCCCCGGUAGGAAUCGUUCUCCGGUUAUGUACCCGUCUUGCAUUCCUCGGUGAGAUACUUCGUGUAGCGAACCUCAUAAUGUUCGCAAGUUUGACAUCGAAGUUUUAUGGCUUGCAUUAUAAAAGGGAAGAUCCUUUGGACUCAUUCCUAAAUCAGACGUGUUGGUUAUGACAUGGGCUGCAUCACGGAAUACAUAUGGAAAGGAAUCGUGAUAUAUAUUAAUGAUUUGAACUAGUCGUGUUUCAAAUGAUAUCAAAAAUGAAUAUUUAAUACAAAUUGUUGAUAAAGAUUGGGAAAGUAUUUCAUCAAAAGUCUUUAUGAAUCGUGUAGAAAAGGAUUUUAACAUCUUUUGUUGAGUUCUCGGGACAUGCUAGUUUUUACAGAGACCUCUUGUAUGUCUAAAAUUCAAAGUUUUCAACAUUUGCUUGCAGUUGCUUGCAAAAUAGACUAGCAACAAUCGAUAUCUUGCAUUGAAACUAAUCAUUCAUUUCAUUUCAUUUCAACUAUAUUCAAGAAAAAUAGAGAACUUACUAAUGUCUAUCGUAUUAUCAUAGCUUAAAAGGAAUGAGAAUUCUAAUA